UUUGACUCUGUGAUGAGAAAGGCUGUAGAUGGAGUGGCAUCAGAGUAGAGUGAAGAAAGAUUUCUGAUCCUAGAUUCCUAGAUUUCUUGAACUGGUUAUGGCUGCAGCUCCCAGCUUUCCCACUUACAAAUGGUGGGAAACAGAUGACAAGACCAAAAGGCUUUACACUGAGCUACUUGCAGAAAAGCUGUCCAGCCCACGAAAAUCAAGUGCCACUAAUCUCAGCAGAAAGCCCUCCAAUGGGAAAGAUGCAAGGUCUCAGCUAACAUCAUCUCCUAAACAUGAUAUCCCCAAAGUCAAUUUUAGCUGCGAUGAAAGAAGUUCCAGAAAAAGCAAAGAAGAAAAAGGUGAAGGAGAAGACAAGAGUGGAAAGUACACUUUUGAAACCAUUACCAUAGACACACUUGCUAAGUAUGAGUACAUCAAAAGUCCAAGAAAGCGAGCUGCUAGCACAGUACCUGUGAGUUUCUUUGAAUCAGCAGAGAGUCCAGACAGCAAAGGAAUUAAUAAAGCUGCUACAAGUGGUUACAAGGAUAAUAAAGAAGUUGGUGACAAGCUGUUGCCAACAAAAGUAUCAUCAGAGGACUCCAAGGAAGGAAAAACUGCUUCAUUUUCAAAUGGGCAUUUUCUUAUUUCACAGAAGUUUACAUCAACAAAAAAUGAUCAUGAAUUGCAAGGACUGAAGAAGGAUGGUGAUGUAAAAGAUGAUUCUAGGAAAGGAGCUUUGAUGAAGAAAGAGAAACCUUCACGUGCCAAACUAGCAGAAAUCCCUGAAUACACCUCCUCUGAAUCUAGUGAGAGCUCAGCAGAUGAAACAGUGCUCCUCGGAGCAGGAAAUAAUGCAAAGAAACCAAUAACAGCUCUGACGUCAAAAGAAUCACAAGACAACAAGAAAACCGGAGAAGCUGACAAACCUUUAAAGAUUGAGGAGCUCAGCACAAAGUUUCAGUAUCUAAGUGAGGAAGUUGCUCAACUAGAGUUUAAAAUGUUUGAGUUCUCUGAUGACAUAAAGAAGUUGAAACAAGCUAUGGGAUUUCAAGAUACCAAAGUUGAAAAUUGUGAAAAGGAAAAAGCAAGCACCAAAGAGCCGCCUGUUGUGAAGAAAAACGAGUAUGGAAUGACACGCUCAAAAAGCUUCACACAUGCUGAUAAGUUCAACAGCAAGGCUUUACUGAUGAAGCAGAAUGCUUCACCAAGCAAGAUGCUGGCAGCUAAACCUGGUGGGCUUCUUUCAGAAAAAUUACCAUUGGAGGGUACAAGCAAAGAGGAUGCCAUUGCUGAGUUGAAGAAGAAUGGAGCCUUGACUGAAAUCAUCAACAAAAUAAAGGUGCAAGAAUUCAGUGAAGAUGAGAUUCAAGAAAUAUUGAGAUGUGCAAAAGAUAAGUACAUGAAGAAGCCAAAUUAGAAGAACAAAGUAAGAACAAGGCAACACUUGGAAGAAUGAGCAAAUGAAUGCUCUUUUUAAAUAUACUGCAACAACAAAAUUAAUUCUGGGUAAAACAUGCUUGUUCAAACAUUUUCAACAAUGACAUGUAAGCUCUCAUUUUCUAGAGACAAGAAAGGUGUGAAAGAGUAAAUCAUGAGGAUAAACAUAGAAGAUAAAUAAAACAAA